AUGCUGUCGCAACCUGCGAACAAGAAACGGAAAACUAUAGUUGUGGAAGUAGAAGACGAAAGUGACGACGAUAUUCACAUCAUCGAUGAAAGACGUCCGUCUAGUCAACGUACCUGUGACGAGUUUAAUCCCCAAGAUAAUCCUGAACAAUUCUACACUCAACGACAGCAUCCCAAAUUUCAUACGCGUAAUUUGGAGAGAGCAGUCAAAAAGGAAAGAGCGUGGUCAAAACCAUUACCUGAAGUUCACGAUCUUUUUUUCGUGGCCACUGCGCCCAAGAACUUUGAGGAUCUUGCCAUGAACCCCAAGCAACUGCGCAAACUAAAAGCAAUACUUUCUCAAAAGGAAGGCUAUGGUCAGAUACUACUUGUCACGGGCCCUACGUGGGAACAUUCAGCGAAUGUAGAAGUAGUAAACUACGGAGGCGACUGCUAUUUCAAAGAGGAGAGCGAACUCAACUCCCUAUUGGCCUUCCUGCGAUCAAGCACUCUGCCUGCUAAAAGUCGAGGUCGUAAUUCAGAGAAGCCGCAAAGGAGGUUAUAUCACAUUGAUGAUUUGCCGACGUUGGCAUAUCAGGAUGCUGGUGAAUUUCGUCGUCUUAUCUACCCACAUCUGCUCAGUACAAAGCACAUUGUCGUCUUUGACUUGACUACGCGAGAUUCUUCGUGGUACAUGUCUCCUAAACGGGUGUUUCCCAAGCAUUUUAUCACUAGUCUUAAUAUUUGUGAGUUGAACUUCUACCCUGUUGCAAGUACGUUCAUGCGGAAAGGAUUGAGGAGAGCUGUAGAUUUCUUGGGAUUUCAAUCCAGAGUUAGUAUGUUUUAUGCCUUUAUUAGAUUUUGA